CGGCCCGGCCCGGCGAGGAGCCAUGGCAGAGACGGCGGGCGGGAGCGGCGCGGCCCGGCGCCCCCCAGCAUCUGAAGGUUCUCAAGACAAGAAACUUGCUUCAGGACAAAGCGCUCACAAUGCUGGAGCUAAACCAGAUCAUCCACCAAUACUAAAGGUUGAUGACAGGCAACGGCUUGCUAGGGAACGGAGAGAAAAACGAGAAAAACAAUUAGCUGCAAGAGAAUCCAUCUGGUUGGAAAGAGAAGAGAGAGCACGGCAACAUUAUGAAAAACACUUAGAGGAACGCAAAAAGAAACUAGAAGAACAGAGAUUAAAGGAAGAGAGAAGGCGAGCUGCUGUAGAGGAAAAGCGAAGGCAGAGAAUAGAAGAAGAUAAGGAACGACAUGAAGCUGUUGUACGUCGCACAAUUGAAAGAAGCCAGAAGCCAAAACAAAAGCAAAACAGGUGGUCCUGGGGAGGAGCGCUACAUAGCAGCAUUAAUAACACAGAUCCAGACAGGCGGUCUGUUUCAACAAUGAACCUUUCGAAACAUGUUGAUCCAGUCAUUAACAAGCGGCUCUCCUCCUCAUCUGCAACAUUACUAAAUUCUCCAGACAGAGCUCGCCGUCUACAGCUCAGUCCAUGGGAGAGCAGCAUUGUUAGCAGGCUCCUGACGCCCACGCACUCUUUCCUGGCCCGAAGUAAAAGUACAGCUGCGUUGUCUGGAGAUGCAGUUAUCCCCAUUUGUCCUCGUUCAGCAUCUUGCAGCCCCAUCAGCCCUCUGUCCUACAAGGCCAUGAACUGUAGAAAUCCAGCAGAUCGAGCAAAACUUUUUACUUCUACUCCUGAUGCUGUUGGACGUAGGAGGACGGCACAUCAUGCAGGGACUGACAAAAAAGAAAAGGAAAGAGACCAUUUAUCAUCCAACUUCUCAGCCAGCUUUAAAGGAGGUCAUUUUUCUUCCAACCCCAAAGCUAGAUCACCAGCUCCCUCUCCAGUUUGGCAUGCAUCAAAAUCUUUGCCUUUUUUGCCUGGCACACCCAAGCAGGUAACUUCCCCACCUGGUUCCUCCAAAGCUUCCUCAGCUCAGGCACGUCCUCCCUCUCCUGGCAAUAUCCGGCCAGUCAAAAAAGAGAUCAAACUAGAGAAUGAGAAUAAAGGACCAGAAAAGGAGACUGAAAAGGCCAAUGAGGAGAAGACAGAAGAGAGUAAAGAAACUUCAGCAGAUACUGGAGAAUCUGCAAGUCGGGAAGAGCUUGCUGUCCCAGCAGAGCUCACUGAAGCAGCCACCCCAUCUUCGCCUCCUGCUCCACCAACUGUUUCCUCACCCCCAGCCUCUGCAAAGACCUCUGCAGGUACAACUGAUCCUGAAGAAGCAACAAGGCUGCUGACUGAAAAGAGGCGGCUGGCCCGGGAGCAGCGGGAACGGGAGGAGCAAGAAAGGAGGGAGAGAGAAGAGCUUGAAAGGCAAAAGAAGGAGGAAUUGUCCCAAAGGAUAGCUGAAGAAAGAGCCCGCCGAGAAGAGGAAGAAGCUCGCAGACAGGAAGUGGAAAGAAAACGAAAGGAGACAGAGGAGGAGAGGGAAAAGGAAGAACGGCUGCGCCGACAGACAGAAGAGAAAGAACAGAAGGAGAGAGAAGAGAUGGAGCGUAUUCAGAAACAAAAAGAAGAGGAAGCUCGCCUACGGGAAGAGGCAGAGCGAAUUCGGUUAGAACGUGAAAAACAUUUUCAAAGAGAAGAGCAAGAGCGCUUAGAAAGGAAGAAGAGGCUUGAGGAAAUCAUGAAGAGAACUAGACGUGUAGAAGCUGUAGAUAAGAAACCUAAUGACCAGCAAAAUGGACAUAUAUCAAAGGCAAAUAUUACUGGAGAAACAGUUGUAGCAAGUCCUGCAUCUCCCUUGGAACCCACAGUAGGACUGCAGCAUGCAACACAGUCUCCACACAAUGGGAAACCUGUAACCAGUAUGCAUGUUAUUGUUUCACAUCCAACCCCCAUAAAUUUGGACAGCAAUCUCAAUCCAGAGAAAAGUACAAAUGAAAAUGGAAUGUCUAUGCAGAAUGACAACUUUGAAGAGAUCAUAAACCUACCUAUUGGAUCUAAACCAUCUCGGCUAGAUGUCAUGAACAAUGAUGGAAGCAAUAGUCCUGAAAUUCCUUUGAAUCCAAUUUUAGCCUUUGAAGAUAAGGGGACUCUGUUGCCUCAGGUAGAUAGUGUUCAAACACAUCAAACAGCAGAAGUGAUCUGAUUGUUUCUUCCGAAGAACCAAAGGUAAUGUAAGCAUCUCUGUAGUCGAUGGAGUUCUUCCACGCUAUGAAGGAGUGUUUUUUCUUCUCUCCAGUUUUUUAAAGAUUUCUUGGAUAUCUUUUUUGGAAGGACUUUAGUAAAACCAGCAGAAGAAAUGAUGGGAAUAGACUUUGAUCACCUUUCUAAUAGUUUUCAUCACUAGAAAAAUCAUGCUUCACCUGCAUUACUUAAAAUGGCUUUUUCCAACAAGCUUUUUCUGUUAGUAAAUUGAUAUUUUCUGCAUUCCUUAAGACACAAGACACUGGAAUCUGAAAGCAAUGAUUGGGGUGGUGGGACUGAUUCUUUUUUUAAAAGAUAGGUGUUGGUUUAAAAGGCAUAACUAAAAUUGGCAAAGAAUCUUUUUCACUUUAUGGCUCUAAUACUUGAAAAAUAAAUACCUCAUUGCUCUACAAGUAGAGUUAAUGGGGUGUUUUAUUUAAACCUGUUGGUUUAAAUAUUAUGGCAGAGAACUCUAAUUAUGGGGGCAAAGUAUAGGCUUCUGUAUCAGGUUCUUGUAAAUGUAAUUCCUACAGGGACAUUCUGUAAAUUGAGACGUCACUAUGAUCUUGCAUUUUCGCUAAAAACACAAAACAAGGCAGGUUUUAAAAUGUGAAAAUUUGAAAGCAUUAUUUUUUCAUGGACAAGAGGAAAACCUAUUGUUCUUCUAGAUAAUGUAUUUAUGAAUUUUGUUCAGUACAAAAAUCAUCUAAUUGAAUAAAUUAGAAAAAUGUGGUAAAAUGAUACUGCAAACUUGAUUUUUUUUUGUUACAUUCAUGUUCACAGUACUAUAAAAGAUGUGUACGCUUGUGCACAUAUGUGCAUGUACACACAGGGAAAUAUCCUGUUGUUCUGAGUCCUGUAAAUUGCUGCUGUUCCCAAUGAUAGAGGACUUUUCCUUUGCCUUACCAGACUAUGAAGACUGUGUGAAACCUGAAAUAUUUGAUUUUUGGAUGAGAAAGCAGGUUUGUUUUGGAAUUAUUUUGAUUUUGCUCGUUUCAGAGCAAAUGGAAAAUGGUCAAUGUUUGUGCUUUUUAUGUAGUGUGUGAUUUUUAUAACGCAGUACAGUUUGAGUGGUAAGCGGAACAAUGCGGGUUGUUUAUUCUUUCGUUUGUUGAUGCUGAUUUCUGCUAUCACUGUUCCAUCCCUAUCACUUUUGUUGCUAUUGGGCAUAACUGUAAAAUUUUGCACCUUUUUAUGCUUUGAUAAACAAUACCGUUACAGGUAGAUCUCGCUAGGUAUUUAUUUUUGAGACACCAACCAGGGCUCAGUGCAUUGCUUGCUAAAGUCAGUGAGUAGAUCCUUGGCUAUUGGGAACUGAGGUUUAUGUGGUUGCAGUUUAUGCUGGCUGAGAAGGUGCCCACUAAGAUUCCUGUGCUGCUUUUGAGCACGGAGCGAGGCCCGUAACAGGCAGUGCAGAAAGUCUGUGAGAGUAGAACUCUUCUGAGAUAAGAGCUGAAGAAUUUUUGAAGAAAUGACUUGCUGCUGCUGCAAAGUGCCCAUCUUAUAAAGGAGAUAGGCUAAAACCAAUGGAAAUGCAAUGACAAGAUACUUCAUCUGCCAGAAUAUAUGGAAAGGAAAAAAGCCAUGCAGUCAGAGUGCUUCAAUAGUAGUCUGUGAUGUGGUAAAAAUUAAUUGGGUCCCUUUCUCACUCUUAGUUCUGUAUGUACAUAGCCACAAUAUUUUAAAAUGUCCAAAAUAUGUAGUUUUCUUUAAGACUAUAUAGCAUGUA